AUGCUGAGCAGGCCAUCCGAGCCACUAUCGCUUCUGGAAUUCGAUCUGUCUUGGGCUAUUGCCCGACUUCACGCGUGGUCACAUAGAAACCAAAUUUCGCUCUUGAGGAGAGGACUUUCUUGCACCCUCGGUAAUGAAGACUUGGGACCGACUGGUAAAGCUAGAUCCAAGCGAACGCCAGCAAGCCAAAAGACGACUUCAGAGACGUUCUCCGAAAAGGACCUACUAUCUUCCAAUAUUCUCCUCUUCCAUGCCAAUAAUCUCACUCCUGGCAAUCCGCAACUCCUCCAGUCCAGGGGAGCUGACAUCUCGGCCACUCGUUCAACCGAGCUCGAAUGGGGCACCACAGAAACCCGGUAUGCCUUGAGCCAGGAAGUUUACAACAUUCAUCCCUCGGUGUGGACUGCGAUUCUGCCUGGUCCGCUUACCUGCCUGGUCAAAUGUUGCUUACACGCCAAUCGGAGCGAGAAAGACGCGACUGUCGAAGAUGUUUUCAAUCUCGGAACCAUUUUCGGAGUCGCAACUGUUGGCUUGAAGAAAGAGACUGGUAGUCUGAAAAAGGGCAUGAAAGCCGACAUUGUCAUCUUUGAAGGCUCGACACCCAGUAUGCUUGGCAGCGAGUAA